UAUCAUGUACUACGGUCCAAAUUUCAUAAUACAUAUGCUAUGUUUACAUGUAUUUUCUUUUUUUGGUGUAUGUAUAAUUGUAUAUACAUAUAAACUUUACGUUUUAAGGUAUAAGAUUAUUUUACAUACGUGCAAAUACAUGUCUAGUAGAAACGUACAAACCACAUACCAUUACGCAGGUGUAAGGAAUUAGCCUGCGUUAAAAUCAAAACCGACAGGCUUCCAACUAUUUUUAGAAAUACUUUCAUUCAAAAUUUUCUUUGGGAGAAGGAGAAUAGGUAUUGAGAAAAACGUGACAAUACCAUUUGCUUGUUAUAAAAUUAAGCGGAAAAAUAAAGCACCCCCAUUUUAUACAAAAAACAUAGUUGGGAACAGAUUGCACAAUAAACUCAGCCCAACUAUUCAGUCAUGUCGGCCCAAUAGAGAAAAAAAAAGAACACGUCAACCUCCACCUAAUCUAACCCGACCCGUAGCUUUUAACUCUGUAGUCGUGGAGGCUAAACCCUAAACCCGCGCCGUCUCUCUCUCUCUCUUUCCGCUUCUCACGCUCACCGCCGACCAUGGCCAAAGAGAAACUGAAGCCUCUUCCCACAUCUGACGGAGCAGGUGAAAUCGCCGAGACUACUCCUAGAGAGAAGAUGAAACAUAAGAAGAAGAGCAGGAAGCGAGCUGAACCCGAUCCCGAUGUGCCUUCAACAAGAGAGCCGCGUGAUUCCGAUGAAGAUAGAGAUGGAGGGGUAGUAGAGGAUGCUGAUAACGAGCCAACGAUGGGUGAUAAGUUUGAGAGUCUUCACUUAUUAGAGGGAGACAAGCAGAGUAGUAAGGAUUCUGCUCCGGUCGAUGAUAAGCCUCCUACCGCAGCCUCUGUGAACGUUCUUCUGAGACAAGCAUUGCAUGCUGAUGAUCGGUCUCUUCUACUUGAUUGCUUGUACAACCGAGAUGAACAGGUGAUUGCUAACUCGGUUGCUAAGUUGAAUUCAGCAGAAGUACUCAAGCUUCUCAAUUCCCUUCUACCAAUACUACAAUCUAGGGGUGCGGUUUUAGCUUGUGCGGUUCCGUGGAUAAAAAGUCUGUUACUUACUCAUUCCAGUGGGAUUAUGUCCCAAGAGUCAUCUGUGCUCGCUUUGAACUCCAUGUAUCAGCUCAUUGAAUCACGGGUAUCAACCCUUCACACUGCCGUUGAAGUUUCAAGCAGCUUAGACUUGCUUGUGGACGAUUUGGAUGAUGAAGAAGAAGAUGAAGGUCCCCUUAUCUAUGAGGACAAGGACACUGAUGAUGAAGAGGGACAAGGACCAGAUGAAGCAAUGGAAACAGAUGAAGAUGCAGACGAAUCAGAGGAUGAAGCAGCUGAUGGUGUCAAUGAGUUUGAAGAUUUUGACGACAUGAGCGAUUGAGGAAAGACUCCUGAAAACCGAAAAAGUUUUGAUUUGCGGUGAGGCUGUUUGAUUGUUAGAUUCUCAAGAGUAGGUCUAAAAGGUGCUGUCUCACGUCAAAAAGUCUCCGUAUGAAUUCUCUAAUACGUAAUGGUUGUUGUAUUGACUUGACUUUGUUUUGAGAAAAGAGUUUUAUUUUUUCAUAUAAGUAAAAAAGAAAUUAACGUGAA